ACAUACAAGAUAUGUAUUAUUCUACAUCUAUUAGGCACGUAUUGAAAGGAAUCCAGCCGACGGUUGGCGGAACUGGGAACUGGGAACUGGGAACCGGGAACCGCUCCUUCUCCUUCUUCUGCAACGGGCCGCCGCCAUUGGAGUUGCAGACUGUCGAAACCCUAAAAUCCGCAAAUCCCAUCACAUUCUUUAGCUUCUCUUCAAUCGAUUAAUGGCCUCUGAAUUCGAAUUCGGGAUCCAGAGCUACGUUGUGGUGCAUAACAUAGCUAAAAGGCACAACAUUGGCACAUUGGCGCGAAGCGCCACCGCCUUCGGCGUAUCGGAGCUUAUCCUCGUCGGUCGUCGGGACUUCAACGCCUUCGGUAGCCAUGGCUCCACUUCCCACCUUCGAUUCCGCCAUUUCCACUCCCUCCUCGACGCCCAAAACUUCCUCAAGGAGAAGGAUUGCGAUAUCUGUGGCGUGGAGAUCACUGAAAACGCCGUGGCUGUGAAUCAGCAUCCUUUCAGGAAGAGCACCGCUUUUCUUCUCGGCAACGAGGGAACAGGGCUUUCUGCUAAAGAGUGUGCGAUCUGCGACUUCUUCAUUUACAUCCCACAGUAUGGUGUUGGCACUGCUUCUUUGAAUGUUACUGUUGCUGCUUCCAUUGUCCUACAUCAUUUUGGUGUUUGGGCAGGAUUUCCUGAGAGAUGUCGUGAUGGUAACAAGUUUAUUGUGGCCGAAAGACCGGUAAAACAGGUCAAACGGAAUUAUUGCGCUGAAACUGCUGAAUCUAUUAUUGAAGAGCGGAAGUCCAGGAGGGAGAAUGCUUCUAAAGGCUUCUUUGAUGAGGGAAUGAUUGAUGAUUCAACAUCCAACCUUCUUGAUACAUUGUUUAUUGACGAAUGAUUGGAUUUGGAGAUGGGAAUCGCUAUUCUAUUAUCACAUGCAUCCAGAACCAACCGGCAGUCUACACGAUCAUUGUAGCUUAAUUCCAUUGCUGAAGGCAUUCACUGCAGGAACCUGUUCUGGAGAGAAAAGAGAUCUCCUCCAUCUUUGUCUUUUUUUUUAAUCCUUCUCUUUCAUUUUCCUAGAAAGUUUGUGGAAUUAUAUUUAGUUGAUUAAUUAGCUUGAUGGUUGACUUGCCAAACAAAACAUGGCCACCACAUGGGUAGGGCUGAUUGAGGAAAUGUAGGGCUGAUAGUGCUCAUCUUUUUGUCAAAAAACACCAUGUACAUGUAACAUGAUAUGCAUAGGAAAUAUCAGUUUUUCUUUUUUCUAA